CUAGCAGAGCAUCUUCCUCGAAGCCUCCUGCAACACUUACACACAAACAACACACGUGUGCAACAAACAUGAAGCUCGUGGUUCUUGCCUGCCUGGCGGCCGUGGCCGUCGCUGCUCCUCAGCUUCAAGACAACCAGCCAGUGGUGGCGAUCCUCAGAGAUGACCGUCAAGACAACGGUGACGGUACCUUCAACUACGCCUUCGAGGCCGAUAACGGCAUCGCUGUGGAAGCCUCCGGCAGCCCUGGCUCCCAGGGCCAGAGCAACAUCCAGGGCGUCUACAGGUUCCCUCUUGACGACGGCACCAUCGCUGAGGUCCGCUACGUCGCUGAUGAGAACGGCUACAGACCAGAGUCCCUGCUGCUGCCCACGCCUCACUCUCUCCCUGACCACGCACUCGCGCAGAUCCGCUUCGCCGAGGAACAGCGAGCUCUCGGUGUUGUGUUUGAAUAAACAUGGUAUUUCCUGAAGAGUUUUUGGCCCGUGAGUGUUGUUGAGCACAAGAAGAGAUGGAAGUGCCAUCGUUCACCCGCUUCUAAAUAAGAAGCUUCCUGUAUCCACCUUUAAGUACUGAUGUUUCUUAAUAUUUUAGAUCAUAAUUGCUCAAAGUGUGUGUGUGUGUGUGUGUGUGCGUGCGUGCGUGUGUGUGUGUGUGUGUGUGUGUGUGUGUGUGUGUGUGUGUGUGUGUGUGUGUGUGUGUGUGUGUGUGUGUGUGUGUGUGUGUGUGAAUGUUCUUAAAAAUUAAAGUUUUAGAGGGAAUUUUGUUUUUUAAUAAAUUUAAUUUGAAGAA